AGCAGUGUUACAUAGUCUCAUAGAUUACUCGGUAGGUUUGUUCGAGGUGGCAAGUGAAUUGUGAGCAUGAAUUGGUCGCUGGUGUUUCGUCGCUUCUGGUGCUUCGGUGCCGCAACUUCAUCUCCAUCUUCUUGUUCUUCUACGUUAUGCUUCGCUUCCAACAAGAAGCCCCUCGUCUUCUUAGGCUCUCCUCAGGUGACAGCAAUUGUUCUGGAUGUCCUCCUCAAUGCAUCCGCUGCCGCAGACUCACUCCUUGAGAUUGCAGCUAUUGUUACUCAGCCCCCAUCCAGAAAGUCUAGGGGGAAAAAGUUGAUGCCUUCUCCUUUAGCACAGCAUGCUCUUGACAGAGGCUUCCCUUCAAACCUUAUUUUCACACCUGAACGGGCUGGAGAGGAUGUGUUUUUGUCCGACUUAAGAGCUUUGCAGCCACAACUUUGCAUCAUUGCUGCUUUAGGGAACAUUUUACCUACCAAGUUUCUCAAUAUCCCAACAUUGGUUUCACGAUCAUAUGCUCGUGGUGAUCAUAAACCUUAUGAUCUCUUUGGAAAUGGAAAACCUGGUGACAAGGAAUUUAGGGAAGCCUGGAAGAAAGAGAUUGAUGAAGAUGAUACUUUAUGGACAGGGAGUGAAGACGAAAGUGACAAUGAAAAGGAUGAAAAGAGUCGUCUUGAAAAAGAGAUUCGUAAAGUAAGACAGCAGGCGAGGGAGCACUCUGACCUGAUUGAUGCCGAUGAUAGUGAUGAGUUGAGAAGUGUUUGGUCUGGAAGCGACGAGGAGAAGUCUCUGUGGACUGGGAGUGAAGAUGAUGAUGAUGACGAUAUUCCUACUGAAGCCUACCCAAAUGAAAGUAGUGAUAAACAUAUAGACAAACUAUUUGAGUUUGAAGAAACGUCAAAGUAUCGGACAAUUUCUGAAUUAUUGAAAGCUGAGCAGGAACCAGAGGAGUUGUCCCCUGGAAAGCAAGCUAGGAAAAUUGCAGUUGAGAAUGCCUUGAAAAAGUUGAAGAAAGGGCCAGACGGGCGUUAUAUUAACGUGUGGGAGGUCAUGAGUGACUUGGAUAUUUUGGUAGGAGCAUUUGAAAAUAUAGUAUCAGGGCCAGAAUAUGCAGAGCUUAGACAGGGAGGGCCUAAGAAACUGAAUAUGCAGUUUUUCAAGGAUAUACAAAUGCGUAUGAGAGAUCCUAAUUAUAAGUUCUCACCUGAGUUGAAGUUGAAACCAAAGAGCAAACUAGUUGCUAGAAAGAAAUGGCAGAAAGUACAAUCUAGACGGAGGAAAGCACAAAAGCGCUAACUGUAUCCUCAUCGUUCUUCCUCUUUACUGUUUGAAUCUGUCGAACUUGCAAACUAUAACAUGUUAUAUUGUAUAAAUGCUGGUAUUAUGGUGUGUGUUUCUCAGUACCAUAUAUGUUCUACUUCUCUUA